UGCGAAAAGUAUGUUAAGAAAGUCAGCCCGAACCUGCCAACUGGUGGUGACGAAUUUCGCUUAACAUUUUUUCAAUACACAUAAUUGUGCGUAUACAUACGUAUAGUAGCGCACUGCGUCGCAUAAUUUUUGUGAAUUUUACGCUCUUUUAAUAAAUCGCACCGGAACAAGCGCGUAUAUGGCAGAGGCGGCAAGUAGCACACAGUCCACCACCGGUCCAAUUGGUGGAAACAAUGGUUCAGUUCCGGCUGCAAAGAACGCUGCGACUGCAGCGGUCCCUGGCAAUGCCAAUAGUAAUGCAGCGUCGACGGCUGUGAACGCCACCUCGAAUCCCAAUGCGGAAAUCAUACGGUCACAAAUUUUUGAAGUUGGACCUCGUUACAGGGACUUGACUUAUAUUGGCGAAGGUGCCUACGGUAUGGUAGUGUCGGCACUGGACACAUUAACAAAUAUAAAAGUUGCUAUAAAAAAAAUUUCGCCAUUCGAGCAUCAAACCUAUUGUCAGCGCACGUUGAGAGAAAUCAAAAUUUUAACCCGAUUUAAACAUGAAAAUAUAAUUGAUAUUCGAGAUAUAUUGCGUGUAGAUAGCAUAGAACAGAUGAGAGAUGUAUAUAUUGUACAGUGUUUAAUGGAGACUGAUCUUUACAAACUACUUAAAACUCAGAGGCUUAGCAAUGAUCACAUUUGUUAUUUCCUUUACCAAAUAUUGCGAGGUUUGAAGUACAUUCAUUCGGCGAAUGUAUUACAUCGUGAUUUGAAGCCCAGCAACCUAUUGCUGAAUACCACUUGUGAUCUUAAAAUUUGCGAUUUUGGUUUGGCACGUGUGGCCGAUCCGGAUCACGAUCAUACUGGCUUCUUGACAGAAUACGUUGCAACAAGAUGGUACCGCGCUCCCGAGAUAAUGCUAAACUCAAAGGGUUAUACGAAAUCUAUCGAUAUAUGGUCGGUUGGUUGCAUAUUGGCGGAGAUGCUUAGCAAUCGUCCCAUAUUUCCAGGCAAGCACUAUCUGGAUCAAUUGAAUCAUAUUUUAGGCGUAUUAGGAUCACCUUCAAAAGAAGAUUUAGAGUGCAUUAUAAAUGAAAAGGCUCGUAACUAUUUGGAAUCGCUGACUUUCAAACCAAAAGUACCAUGGUCCCGACUGUUCCCCAAUGCGGAUCCACUAGCCUUGGAUUUAUUGGGCAAAAUGUUGACGUUUAAUCCGCAUAAUCGAAUACCCGUUGAACAAGCGUUAGCCCAUCCAUACUUAGAACAGUAUUACGAUCCGGGCGAUGAGCCUGUGGCGGAGGUGCCUUUCAGCAUCAGCAUGGAGCUAGACGAUCUUCCAAAAGAAACCUUAAAAACUUUGAUUUUUGAGGAAACGCUUAAAUUUAAGGAACGGCAACCAGAUCAAGCGGUAUAAAUAUUAAUUAGUGGGUAUAGUUUUCGAUGGCGCUUAAGACACAGUGCAUUUAAGUAAAAAAACACUAAAAAAAUCUAAAACAAUCUAUAAAACAAAGCCAUUUCACCAGUCAUCCAGUCAACUAAAUUGAGCUAAAUACGCGAAAACGUGGUUAAUCGUUGAGACAGACAUUCGUAAACAACACUUGCUGAGGCAUGUUCAGCGCACUCAGUCAGUCAAUCAAUUAAGCAUACAAAUUAACUAACUCUAAAGCACGUUGCCGUUAAUUUUUGGCAUAUUUUUCAUUGUGAUUCUCGUUACAUAUACAUAUAUAUAAAUUGCACUCUUCAUCUUCGUCGUGGUCGUGGUCGUCAUAUAAAAUUAUUUUCUAAACUAAUAAGAUAAAUCAAGUAUUUUAAAUGUUUUCCUGUGUUGUAAACAUUGUUCUUACAUACAAUAGUAAUACCUAUAACUUACGAGCAUUCAGCAAAUGAAGUAAAACAAGCAAAAGUAGUUACAAAAGUACGUAAAUUUUAUAUCAAAAUUCCAUUUACCAUUUUCAAAGUUGUUUCUUCAUUAGCAAAUUCUAUACAUAAAAGAAAAUAUAGUAAUAAAACAAAUAUAAAAGAAAAAGCAUUAAAAGUGAACGUUUAUUCCGUUUUACGCGGCGAAAUUGUUCAGUGUCGGCGAAAAUUAAUAAAAAAAUAAUAUGUGAAUAUUAUUUAAUUAGCCAAAAACAAAUUAAUACAGCAAAUUUAAAUAAUAAAAGGCGAUACAAAUACUACGAAUACAAGCAGCAAAUGCACGAGAAGCAACCAGCGUAUAUGAAAAAUGUGAAUAAAUAAAAAAGCGAACGUUUAUGUCGUCUCGUAGAAUAUACGUAUUACAUUUUUUCGCUAUUCGUGCACAUAUUUAUACUUUAGCGUUUAGAAAAAAAAAACAAAUUCUUGCAGAAAACUCAUUAGUGAAAUUAAACUAAAAAUGGCAAAUCCAGUAAACUAAAUUAAAAAGAGAAAAUAAAAAAUUAUAAAAAAAUAGUGCACGAAUGCAUGAAGUGCAAAGACAGUGCAAGAUAUACUUAAAAUGCAAACAAAAACGCGAAAAGACAGAAAAUGAAGAUUGCUUUUAGAUUAUAAGAUAAGAGUGAUCACAAAAGGCAUACACAUCAUUUGAUAUGCGUAAAGAAUGUAGUAGUGUAUAAAAAAAUAAAUAAAUACAAAUCAAAUUCUA